AGAGCCGCUCGCAACCGGUAGCGUGUGUACCGUGCCCGCCGUCCACAACUGCCCGGCGUUCCUCGCUGUGUCCAGACGCCACCCGCAAGGUAGCUAGCGGCAGCAGCCACUCCGUUGCCAUAGAGACGCAGACGCCGGCCGUCGGCGCGCCACGACGCCUGUUGUUCGGAGCUACGACGACGCCGAGACGACGGAGACACUCUCGCGCAGCGCUGACCCGUGAAAAACCGCCAAAAUUUUUCCCCACGAUCUGAUACGCAUCCCUUCCGUCGCCGUGGAGAACAGAGGAUCCGUCACCCUGGAGUCCACGUGCCCCAAAAGGUGAGUCGACGACGGAAAAUUCACCAUCGCAGAAACAGGGCUGCGAGGUCUGCCAGUAUCCAGGAUGACGACGCAACGGUGAGUGGCGUUUAGCUAAGUUCUACAAGACCUUCGAAGAUGCAGUCGCUCUACUCGGUGCUUUCGCUGCGUGGAAGAAUGUGAAGUGCGAGAUUCGAGGCGAGGCGGACGGCAAGGAGCCCAAGGACCUGACGGCGAGCACCAGAGCCAUGUUCCCCAGCUCGCAGAUCAAGAUGAGACUGCUGUCGCCGAGCAGUUCGCCCGCGACGUCGCCGACCAUGUCCAACUCGUCGUCGCCGACGCCGCAGCAGCCGCCGCCGCCGCUGCAGCCGUACAACCACAAGAUCACGGGCAUCCCGUGCGUGGCCGCCGCCUCCCGCUACACGGCGCCCGUGCACAUCGACGUGGGCGGCACCAUCUACACCUCCUCCCUCGAGACGCUCACCAAGUUCCCCGAGUCCCGGCUGGCGAAGCUGUUCAACGGCAGCAUCCCGAUCGUCCUGGACUCGCUGAAGCAGCACUACUUCAUCGACCGCGACGGUGGCAUGUUCCGGCACAUCCUCAACUUCAUGCGCAACUCGCGGCUGCUGCUGCCGGACACUUUCAGCGACAUCGACCUGCUGCUCGAGGAGGCCCGCUAUUUCGACAUCGCCCCCAUGGUGAGGCAGCUGGAGCAGCUGCGCAAGGAGCGCCAGAAGAAAGCAGCGGCGGCGGCGGCGGCGGCAGCGGCGGCGGCGAGCCCGCAGGCGCUGGGCGGCGGCAGGGACCGCGGCGGGGGCGGUGGGGGCGGCGUGGGCGGCUGCGCCGACGACCCGGGCUGCUGCCACAACAGUGGCGCGCUGCAGCCGGGCCUGCACUACGAGUGCGUCGCGCUGCACGUCUCCCCGGACCUCGGCGAGCGCAUCGUGCUCUCCGGCGAGCGCGCCGUCCUCGACGAGGUGUUCCCCGAGACGUCGCAGGCGCUGAUGGACGCGCGGUCGGGCGCGGCGUGGAACGCGCACGACGCGCGCCACGUCAUCCGCUUCCCGCUGAACGGCUACUGCAAGCUGAACUCGGUGCAGGCCAUCACGCGGCUGCUGAACCGCGGCUUCAGCGUCGCCGCCAGCACCGGCGGCGGCGUCGAGGGCCAGCAGUUCUCCGAGUACCUCUUCGUCCGGCAGGCGCACCCGCUCUAGGCUCGCGGCCCCUGGUGCGGCCUUCCGCCGUGACCAACUCACAGACUGCUGCAGUGGGGAGCGCACCUCGCCGCCACGCUCUCUCUAUCGUGUUCUCUCCACCACUGGAGAUGCUCGACUCGCGAGCUCCUUUCGGCGACCAGAGCGUUUUAUAUUCCAGUUUUAAUACUCAUUUGACAUUCCUUCACACUGUCUGAAUGGGCACUAGCGUCAGUGCAAAAACUUGACAAAUUCCGUACAAUGUGAAUACGCAAAUAGGUAUAUAGCAAACCGAGAAAAAGCAACUGAACGAUACGAUAUCAUAAGAGGGGCGUUCAAUAAUAAAUGCAACACAUUUUUUCUGGUUUAUUCAGGUCUCCAAUACACCAUACUAUUUCCACUCUUUUGGUUACAAAACCCUAUUUUUCAAAGUUGUCUCCGUUCGAUACGAUGGCCUUACGCCAGCUUACUGGCAGGGCCUGUAUGCCCGCAUUGUACCGCUCUACUGGUUGACAUCGCAGACAACGUCUUGCUGCAUCAGAAACCUUCCCAUCAUUCAAGUACUCCUUCUCACGGAGUGCAUCCUUCAUUGAGCCAGACAGCUGGAAGUGAUAAUGUGCGUGAUCCGAGCAGUAGGGUGCGUGAUGAAGAAUAAUCCAGUGAAGUGUUGUGAGGUCCUCUCGUGUGCGCAGACUUGUGCAAGAUCCUGGUGUUGUCAAGGAAAAGAAUAAACUCCCUUUAAUUUACGUCUAUGGUCACAAAACUUUUUGUCCACAGAAUACCGGUUUCGGUCUAUAAUGGCCAUCUUCAGAUCUGUGUUUUAUAAAAACAGUGUCCUA